GAGGAGCGCAGAGCGGGAUAGAGACAGCAGAAGUGUGAUGGUGUUGCACUGCUGCUCAGACACUGUGGCAGGAAGGGAGCGCAACUCAGAGUUGCAGGGAUGAAGAGUCGGCACAUACCAGUCCACAUGAAUGGAUGAGAAAAAGAAGGGGACAAAAGGAGGAAGGGAAGAGCCACUGUCGUGAAUUCGUCAUGACUGAUCUCUUCGGACUUGUUAUCCCCUGUUCAGGAGGUUGGAAGCAGAAGAAGGAACAUCUGUCAGUGGUGUGACACUUGCAUGUUCAUCGAUAUGCACUUGUGAUGCGUGGAUUACUGCUGGAGGGACCAACAGUUUGACUCAGUCCACUCAGAUUGUUGCCAGGCUGGAAGUGAGAGGGACAGCAGAGAGUAUUGACCAGCUCUGGAGCAUCUGUGUUUACCCUGCACGGUGAGCUUUGAUGGGGCGCGAGACUUAUUGCUUUGAUUCGCAGGGCUCAGCCGGGGACAGUCUAUGUGACGGUCACAGCGUGAGGAGGAUGUGUGUUUGAAGGACAGAUGGAUGAUACUGUAUUCAAGUCCUGCCUCCUCAUGUCAGAUUAUUGUCCGGUAAAUCCCUGAGACAUGCUCUCCGUCUGAUGAACUGACUUCCCAUGAGGAUGACCUUCGCACCGGCCCCUCGCACAUAUAAACGCCGUUAUCAGAAAUGUCAUGGUGGUCACAUGUCCGGGUGAUCUGGAAGUAAUCUGCUCAGCUCACGCGAACUCCAGUGAUUGAAGACCAAGCACGAGGAGGGAGAAAAGUCGGUGCCCCAUUUACAAGUCAAUGACGACUGCGUGGAGAAAAGAAUGACAGUUGAACGCCUCUUCCAUUCGUUCUCUUGCCGGAAUUUCUCGGCACUGCUGGACGCUGCUCACGCCAACUGACCUCAAGUGGACGUUAGUCGAGGAUAUACUGAGGACGAAUCUCUUGCAGGCCAAGGACUGGAUGUUACUCUUUUUUAUUCUUAGAGACAAUCUUCUUAGGGAGGAAAAAAAAGACAGGAUUUGGAUCAAACUCUGAGCCGUAAAUUACAACCCCUUGCUGAGGAACAAGUCUGUGUUUCUUUGUUUCGCUGGACGACUCUCCACUGUCUGGGAUUAUAAACAGAAGGUGUUUCUGACAUCUUAUCCCUUUUCCUCUCAGACCUCAACACUGCACAUCACCCAAGUAAACGAAAGACUAGUUUAUCACGGUACUUUCAUCUCUGCCGACCAACGGCGGCUGAUUCUCCGGUUUUCUAGCCAUUGUGUGAAGAGAGAAAAAGCCUGGCAGCUCCAAGACACUCGGUGGCAAGACAAGCAGGUGCUUUUUGUGCUGUCGGUUUUCUGGCGUGGACAAGAAGGAGAAACAAAACCGGACACUGUAGGGCCUCUGCCGUGCAAGACACUUUUAUCUGCUAUGUUUGGGAACAAUGCCCGUAUUUAUGGACCCACUAUGGACUACAUGGCCUAACAACAAAGACCUGAUGUACAGAUAGUGCUGGAGGGAAAGGAUAAUGCAUAUCCUUUCCUGUCCUAAAGGAGAAGCCACCAUGAGUAACGUCACGGUCACCGACAACACGGAGCCCAUCACCCGCACCAUGAGUCCAGAAACCCAGAGUACAUAUCCCUACCCCGUCAGUUUCCAGGUCUCCAUAACCGGCUUCCUGAUGCUGGAGAUCAUCUUGGGCCUGAGCUCGAACCUCACCGUGCUUGCCCUUUACUGUGUGAAGUCCAACCUCAUCAGCUCUGUCAGUAACAUCGUCACGAUGAACCUUCACGUGCUGGAUGUUCUCGUCUGCGUGUGCUGUAUCCCUCUCACCAUCGUGGUCGUGCUGCUCUCCCUGGAGGGAGACACAGCGCUGGUCUGCUGUUUCCACGAGGCGUGCGUCUCCUUUGCCAGCGUCGCCACGGCUGCCAACGUGCUGGCCAUUACCCUUGAUCGCUAUGACAUUUCAGUGAAGCCAGCAAACAGGGUUCUGACCAUGGGCCGAGCGCUUUCGCUAAUGGCUGGAAUAUGGGUGCUAUCAUUUGUCAGUUUUUUGGUGCCCUUUAUUGAAGUGGGCUUCUUUGCCAAGGGCCACUCAGACUUCAACCAGACAGCGGUCGAGAAUGUGGUGCACACCAACCAGUACUACACGGAACUGGGCCUUUACUACCACUUGUUGGCUCAGAUUCCCAUUUUCUUCUUCACCGCUGUCGUCAUGCUCAUCACCUAUUCGAAGAUACUGCAGGCGUUAAAUAUUCGCAUCGGCACACGUUUCCAUGCAUCGCAAAAGAAGAAGGCUCGUAGAAAAAAGCGACCAUCUAUGACGGCAAUGACGACACAACAAGAGGCCACAGAUGGAUCUCAGAGCAGCAGCAGUCGAAACCCCACGCUGGGCAUGCGCACCUCUGUCUCCGUCAUCAUAGCCUUACGCAGGGCUGUUAAGCGCCACAGAGAAAGGCGAGAGCGCCAAAAGAGGGUAUUCAGAAUGUCCCUCUUAAUUGUUUCCACCUUUCUACUGUGCUGGACCCCCAUCACAGUCCUCAACACUGUGAUCCUCAGCCUUGGCCCCAGUGACCUGAUGGUGAAGCUAAGACUGGGUUUCCUGGUCAUGGCAUACGGGACCACCAUCUUCCACCCUUUACUGUACGCCUUCACCAGGCAGAAGUUCCAGAAGGUCCUGAAAAGCAAGAUGAAGAAGCGAGUGGUGUCCAUUAUCGAGGCGGACCCAACCCCGAACAACGCUAUCAUCCACAACUCCUGGAUCGACCCGAAGAGGAACAAAAAGGUGACGUUCGAGGACAAAGAAGCUCAGCAGAAAUGUCUUUCCUCCGUGGAUGUGGAAUAAAGUCAUUUAAGGACGAGCCAAGAACAUUAAGAGCAGCUAACACUGACAUCAGGAAAUGGAGAAAAAGGGAAAAUGAUUAUCCAAAGUAAAGUACUGUUUAAGAACAGACAUGUGCAAUAGAAUGUACAAUAAAGAGGUGGAUAAUUUAUGACUAUUUAUUACAUAGAUUUCAUAGGUAUACCAUAAACUGUGCUGUAGGUAUUGCAUGGCUUUUUGUAAUGUAACUUAGAGCACAUUGUUUACAUAAUGA